UUUGAUUUUACAUGGAGAUAAAGGGCACAUAUUUAGAUACAUUCACAAGAAAAACUUUUUUUUCUCAGCAUAAAAAAACAUUUAAAAAAUAUUUCACACUAUUAUUCAGAUGAAUAGAGAUAAUUAAUUAUAUAUUCCUGUCUUUAAUUGAUCUUAAAGUUUCCACUAUAACUGCUCAAUGGGUUUUGCUGCAUAAUCCUCUCAGGUCUACCUUUAUCCAUGCUGUUUGUCAAGGUUUGGUCACCACAGUUUUUUCUUCCACUCAAUUUUUCAUUAUAUCUGAAUACCACUUUCUCUUAACAACUAGACUCUUUAUUAGAAUCAAUACUUUUCUUAUAUUACUAGGGCAGGGUUUUAGUGACUACUUUCUGGACUGUAAGUCUGCAGUUUUCUCUGUGAUUGUUUAAGCCUCAACAUUUAUCUUUUUUAAUAAUUCAGUUUAUUUAGUAUUCCAAUUUUCUAGAACACUGAAUCUUCGUGUCAUAGCUUUAUGCCACAAAUAUCAAAUCCGACAGAAACAAAUGCUUAAAACAUGUGAUUCAGGAUGUGAGUUAAAGAUUCUUCAUUAUUAUACAUUUUUAACAAAGUUUAUAUAUAUAGAAACAAUUCACAGAAAAUGUCGUCUCAAGGCAACAUUCAAUUUAUACACAGAAAUGCAGUCAGUACAGUCAAUCCAACCCAACCCAAUCCAUUCAAAUUAAAUAUUUUUUAACAAAUGCUGAAAUAAACCAAAUUUUCGAUGAUUUUCGAACUCGGUGACAUGUAUAUGAAAACAUAAGUUUGUAUCUGAUCAGUUUCUCUUUUGAUAUGGACAGAACUGACGCAGAACCGCAGCCUUACUAAACACUAAAUCACUAAAGUUGAUUGCCGCUCUCCGCUCUUGCUCCUACGGUGCUAGGGUGACGCAUGACGCAAUGGAGGCGCGGCGAUCUUCUCCUAUAAAUUCUCAGCCAGCAGCCCGUCUCAGCUUCAGACAGAGCGCAUUCAGACCUUUCCCAUCACUGCUUGGAUUAAAACUAUCCCCACACUGACAAGGCACCGCUGAAGACGGGGUGCAACUUGCUGCAGCUAUGAUUAAGAAAAUGUCUUCAUCCGAGAAUGACUUCGACAUUCCUGCCAAGAAUUGCCACAGGAUGGUGAUUCUUGGCUCCACUAAAGUUGGGAAGACGGCCAUUAUCUCCAGGUUUCUCAACGAGAGGUUUGAUGACCAGUACACACCGACUAUUGAAGACUUCCAUAGAAAGUUCUACAGCAUCAGAGGGGACGUUUACCAGCUGGACAUCCUGGAUACAUCUGGAAACCACCCGUUCCCUGCAAUGAGGAGACUUUCGAUUCUCACUGGUGAUGUUUUUAUCCUGGUGUUCAGUCUGGACAACAGAGACUCGUUCCAAGAGGUGCAGCGUCUAAAGCGCCAAAUACACGAAACCAAGUCCUGCCUCCGCAACAAAACUAAGGAAAAAGUGGACGUCCCUCUUGUUAUCUGCGGCAACAAGUGCGACCGGGACUUUUACAGAGAAGUGCAGGACGAAGAAAUCGAGAAGCUGGUAGGGGGGGACGAGCACUGUGCGUACUUUGAGAUCUCUGCAAAAAAGAACACCAACGUCGACCAGAUGUUUCAGACGCUCUUUACCAUGGCCAAGUUGCCCAACGAGAUGAGCCCUGACCGACACUGCAAGGUUUCCUUGCAGUACUGCGACGUUUUGCACAGAAAGUCAUUCAGGAAUAAGAAGUGCAAGGAUGGGAACGCAUACGGGAUAGUGGCACCGUUUGCGCGCAGACCAAGUGUGCACAGUGACUUAAUGUACAUCAAAGAGAAAACAAUAGGUGGCAGCCAGGCCAAAGAGAAAGGCUGCGUUAUUUGCUGACGUCUUUACCAAAUAGACUGCUCAAAACUCUUGCGGCCAAAUAAAUAAAUAAAAAUCAUCCGGGCUGCAGAAAACACGAGACCAAAUAGAAAAAAAAACAACAAAAAAAACCUGUAGACUGCUUGAUCCAAAUAGAGG